GAGGGGGGGUGGCGAAGAGGGGGGGGAUAAAUUUUUUUUUUCACGAGGCGGAGCGCACCCCCGUCGUUGAAGGAGAAAUUGUGUGCUGCCCGAAGAGUGUGGGUGUGGGCGGGUGGCGAGUGUGCGAGGAUCCCUCCCCGGGCGGGUGUGGGAGAGGUUGGCGGGAAAAGGGCAAGUGAGGUAGAUAGAGGCACCUAACUCGCCAGGACGGAAAGGAGGGGUAUCUGGAGGGGAGAGGUGAGAGAGCACAAUGGCACAGAUGACUUCCAGCUUGGUCUCUGUUGGGUAUGUCUCAUGGAACGUGGCGUCGUCGGUCGGCCUCAUUCUCAUCAACAAGUGGCUGCUCGACUUUAUUCGACUUGAAUGCAUCCUGUUCCUUACGGGCAUGCACCUCAUUGCCUCGUGGAUUGCGGUGUACGCGCUAAUCAAGCUCGGGUAUGAGAGCUACAAGCCGAUGCCUGGACUGCAGAUUGCGCGGGUGGUGGCCUCGUUCUUCUUCACCGUCGCCUUUUUCAAUCUCUCGCUCAAGCUCAACUCGGUCGGCACGUAUCAGCUCUCCAAGCUCCUGGUGACGCCUGUGACUGCGGCGAUGCAGUAUGUGUUCUUCCGCAAGAGCGUAGGCCUUGACACACAGGCUGCCCUUGGGGUCAUCUGCGUGUGCGUGGCGUUUGUGACGACGGCGGAUGUGACGGUGACCAUGACCGGGGUGGGGUGCUCGUGCGUGGCCAUUCUGGCUUCGGCGACGCAUUCGCUGUGGUCAAAGUCCAAGCCGACCGAGCUCGGGCUCACGACGUACCAGCUCAACUUUCACAUGUUCCCGUGGACGGCUAUGUGCUUUAUUGCGGCAUCGAUGCUUGUCGAGCGCGAUCCUGUUGGGCAGAUGCUGGGCCUGCUACAGGCGGACCUUGAUCCCGAGGUGGCCGGCUCGUCGCGGGUGGCGUUUAUGGUGCUCACGUGCUUGAUGGCGGCGUCACUCAACAUCUCGUCAUCGCAGCUAAUCUUCUACACCUCACCGCUCACGUAUCACGUGGUCGGCCACUUUAAGCUUAUCCUCAUCCUCAUUUUCGGCGUCCUCUUCCUCAACUCGCCGGUCUCGGGCACGCUCGCGACCGGCAUGCUCGGCGCGGUCGGCGGCGUGGUGUGGUACACCUCGAUCAAGUACCGCGAGCAGCAGGCGGCGGCCAAGGUUGUGCAAAGCGACAAGCGGCAGGGGGCGUGAGGUAAAGGGUUGUGCGGCCUUAGA